UAGAUCAGAUGCUGCAGCCGCGGAGGGAAAGCUCCCAAGAACCCAAACGUCACCGUCUCUAAUCGAUGGUCUAAUCGAAAAUCAGGGACAGGAAAAAUCUUCUGGGAGGAAAGAAUGCCUUUUGGAUUGUGGGUUAGUAAAGAGUUAAUGUCCGGGUACAAGACCCUUGAAGUCAGUGAAAAUAUCUCCAUUGACGUCAGCAGGCUUUGGUUGAAGCCCUCAGUUAGAACCUUCCUCAGUUGCAUGGCACUCAGGUCUCAAACCUAUGUUCUUGACUUUCCAACUGAUGUAUUAACAAAAGACGGAACAGAGCAGCUCGGCGUUAGAGGAGCUCCAAUCAGACAAGAUGAUGCCUCCCCCGCUCCAAUGCAAAGCCGGGCGGGCAUUGCUACUGCCCAGGGCAAAGAGAAGUAAUCGCCGCUUUACUUCUAGCCAAGGUUUCCGCGGGAGGUCGCGGCUGGCUUCCUCGCUCCUCCUCCUCCUCCUCCUCCUACACCCCCUCAGGCUUCUACUGGUAAAGCGGACCCCGCUGCCGUUCCAGGGGAUCCCACCCUCGCCUGAGCGGUGCAGUCAUAUGGAACUUCACAUUUGAACGAGCGCCAAACCCCUGGGACUAUAUAAAGGCGCUCCUCAGGCACUGAGCGGCACUUGGAGAAGAAGUGGCCGCAGAAGCACCCACAUUCCAAGAGGUCUGCGCGAUUGCUCUGGCCAUGCUUGCUGCCGCUCUGCACCUCCCGAGUUUUCUGCUCGCCUGCGCGCUCCUGAAGAGCAGCGUGGCAUUCAAAAACGAUGCAACUGAGAUCCUUUAUACUCACGUUGUCAAAACUGUCCCGGCAGGCAGCCACAACAACACCAUGAAUCAAGCGAGGCACGGAGGCAGGCAGGCAGGAUUCGAUCGGAGCAGUCGAGUUCAAGUUGGCUGUCGGGAACUGAGAUCAACAAAAUAUAUUUCAGAUGGUCAAUGUACUAGCAUAAACCCUUUGAAAGAGUUAGUAUGUGCUGGGGAAUGCCUUCCUUUGCCAGUGCUACCUAACUGGAUUGGAGGAGGUUAUGGAUCCAAGUACUGGAGCAGAAGAAGUUCACAGGAAUGGAGAUGUGUCAAUGACAAAACUCGCACCCAAAGGAUUCAGCUGCAGUGUCAAGAUGGAAGCACAAGAACCUACAAAGUAACUGUGGUUACAGCUUGUAAGUGUAAACGAUACACAAGACAACACAAUGAAUCAAGUCAUAACUUUGAAGGAGCAACUCAAGCCAAGCCAAACCAACAUCAUAAAGAAAGAAAAAAGAACAGCAAAACCACGAAGCAGUCUCCAAGUUAAGAACUUAAUGUACGUGGAGUGUGCAUGUGUGUAUGUGUAUACACACAAUACACACACACACACACACACACACACACACACACACAACCCCCCCCCUUAUUAAUGACUCUCUGUUUUACAAAUGUCACUACCUAACAAAACCCAUCUUAUGUUGUGGUUGCUUCUUCAAUGAGUAUAUAUACAUUUGUGGCUUUGACCAAACUCAGAAGGACAUUCUUUUCUGAAGGAUUUUUUAGAGGUGACCCUUCUUAUUUUAAAACUGGCCUAUAAGCCUACAGUUUAUUGGUUUAUAUAUGCAUAACUAAAUAAAGGAAAUGAAUAUUUUGCCAUGGGAAGUCAAAUAUUUUAUACUGCAGACAGCAACUACUCUGAAUUUUUCAAAGGCACUUUCUAGAUCACAUAUUUUAUUGGCAGCAAGGACAUAUUAUUUAAAAUAAAUGUUUUAAUUAGAUUCAUUAGAGUGAAAUUAAAACAUUUAUUUUAAACAAGAUGUCAGUUGGCUGAAAUUAUUUCCCCCCAUAUGGUAUAACUAAAUGAACAAAUUGCUCAACAAAAAGAAAAAAAUAUAAAGCAGGAAAAAAUGAAAUUUGAAUAAAACUUAUUUAUUUGACAUUGUAAUUAUUUAAUGAUUUUAAUGUGCUUUCUAUUUUUUAAGAUGGCUGUCUGAUAUCUUUUCCAUUCUUUCAAGCAUCAAAAUAUUUUACGAUUAUAAAAUUUAUGAUUUGUUACCAAAUUAGAAUAUAUAUUUGUAGAUAAUAUAAAUAGAUAUUUUAACCUUUAUACUUUUUCUUUAAAAAGAAACACAGUUUAAGUAAGACAUUUUAAAAUGCUUUGUAAAUACUUUAUAAAAUACAUUUUUUGCAGUCCAAAGAUUGACUUAUCAAUUUUAUCCAUUUUAAUUAAAAAAUUCCAAUAACAAUGCCUUUCAUUUUCUCUGAUGUAAUAAAAUAAGUGGUAUGAUAGUAUGUUAUAUACUAUAGCAACAGAGCACAUGCAAAAUUCAUUCUCUGGUAAUGCAAAGCCAAUGUACUGAGCUUGUAACCAAUUACUUGAUUCAUACAACGAUCUGGCAAUAAAUGUUCUUGUAUCCGUCCUACAUCAAGAGACUUAGGUAGUAUGAAAAAUGAGUAUUGCCCAACAGAGAAAAUUAUCUUGAAAUAAUUUUCAAAAAUUAUUCACUUCACACUUCACUUUUUUUGAGAUGAUGUCCUCAGUGGUAGGGAAAAUACAUUAAGGGAGCUACUUCAAUGGCCUUCCGUUCAUAUACCCAUACAUAGAUGGAAGACAAUUGUGCUGGCAUUGGCAUAACAGCAAAUGAAUUGAAAUGAUUCAUGGAAUGACUGCAUGGCCUUAAAUCUGACAUUCACUAACUGUACUCAUUGGAACUGAACUCAAGCACUCCUGUUUAAAAUAAAAUUAUUUUGUCCUAGUAUCAAGGUUAAAGUGAGAGAGUCAAGAGAAAGACUGAUAAUGAAUAGUAAUCCAGUAAUCACUAACUACUGGUUAACUAAGGAUUGCUAUACCAUUUGGAAUCUUCAACCUGUUGACAAUACAAAACAGUAAUGUAGUCCUGUUUAUUCCAAUACAUUUUUGCACCAUUCACUACAUACACUAAGAUUCAUGCCUGCACUAAAUUUUUAAAAAGGAACACUGCCAUUUCCACAGCUGCAAAACAGUUGUGCAUCUUAGUUAUGAUUACCAAAAUGACUUGUAUCUUAAACAAUUAUUCUCUGUACAGAGAGUUCUCACCUUACAACCAUUUAAUGACCAAAGUUACAAUGGAAAAAAAAUAGUUAUUUCUGUUUUUCACACUUAUGACUGUUGAAGCAUCCCCACGGUCACUUAAUCAAAAUUCAGAUGCUUGGCAACUGGCAUAGACUUUGAUAUUUGCAGUGUCCCAAGGUCAUGUGAUCAUCUUAUGUGACCUGACGAGCAAAAUCAGUUGGGAAAUUAGAUUCACUUAACAAAUGUAUUACUAAAUUAAGAACUGCAGUGAUUCACUUAAGAACUGUGGCAAGAAAGGUUGUAAAAUGGGGGCACUUAACAAAUUGAAAUUUUGGGCACAGUUGUGGCCAUGGGUUAUGGACUAUCUGUAAUCCCAUUUUUAAUAGAUUACAAAUAGGAUAUUUUUACCCAUUUAACUGGACCAUUCUUAAACCCUGUAAUUUAACAAUGUUUUUUGAGUUUGUGUUUUACCUUAAUUUUCCAAAUAAAAUAUUUUUUUUAAAAAAGGAA